GCAGAAUCGGGUGCACAGUCGAUUGCACGACGUUGGGAUGGUUUAGUGCAACCUGCAGCUUCGCGUUAGGAAGGCAAGCAUUGCGCUGUAACUGUCGACGAAUUGGACGCCGAUUUUCCUUGUACAGCAUGAGAAUACCUCGCACAGCGGAACGCAGACGAGAGAUACACAGGGACCGCAUUGCACGCCUUUCAAGCUGAUUGGCGUCGCUCGGAAGUUACAAGCAAGAUGCCGUUCACGGCGGAUGCAGCGGCUAGCCAGAUUCAAGAACGGUUGAAGAACCUGUACCACCUGGUGCACGAGGUGGAGACGCAACGUGUUCGAUCGGAGCACAAUCUGAACAACAUUAUAAAGACUUACGAGAAGGUGACCCCCGAGGACAAGGUGUCCCCCUACUAUCAGCAGAAGCUGAAGAACCUUUACAGCGCGGCGGUGGGCGAUGCUCAGCAGGAGGAAGAGAUCCUGCGCAAGGCGCUCGUAAAGAUCAACGAGAUCCGAGCGAUUAGAAACGAACGACGGAUACAGGCACGGAAUGCGGGCAACAAGGAGACCAUCAGACGCGGCGCUCUGAUGAAGAUGCUGCUAAGCACCGCGCAAACCCUUCCUCUGUACGUGGGCAAAACACCGGGGGCGAAGCCGCCGCCUUUGUGCGGGGCGAUCGCUGCCGAGCCCACGUACAUCGCGAAGAUGGGUGACAUGGUGGCGGCGCUGGUGAAGGGUUCAGAGGAGGAGGAAAACUGGAUUCUCGCGGAGGUGGUCCAGUUCAAUCCCACCACGAAUAAAUACGAGGUGGACGACAUCGACGAGGAGCAAAAGGACAGGCACACCCUGUCGCGACGGCGAGUGGUGCCGCUUCCGCUCAUGAGGGCGAACCCCGAGACCGAUCCACACGCUCUGUUCUCGAAAGGAUCCAUCGUGAUGGCGCUGUACCCGCAAACGACCUGCUUCUACAAGGCGGUGGUGAAUCAGCUGCCCACCACCGCCACCGAGGAGUACGAGGUCCUGUUCGAGGACGCGACCUACGCGGACGGUUACUCCCCGCCUCUGAACGUCGCUCAGCGUUACGUGAUCUCCAUCAAGGAGAGCAAAAAGAACAAGAGCCAGUGUUAAUGGAGGACGAUCGACUCGCAGCAGUAUUAUUACCUCGAUUCUCGCGCUCGUUACCGUUAGUACCGUAAUUCUUUUUCUUUUUUACUACCACAAGACCGUUGAUUGGAAACAAUAAAGUUCAUGAUUUUCGAGUA